CAAUCUUGCAAUUCGAUUCCCACCAACCGGCCACUCUCUCUCCUCCCGAUUUCUCAAGGGUUUGGACUGUCCCACGGAGGACGCAAGGUUGUGUGUGGGCAACGGUUUCCCCGUCAAUAUCUCGAUACCGUUUCGUUUGCGCUACCGCCGAUAUACCGAUAAUCUCGUGAAGCCGACAGCUGCCCAUCAUGCCUCGCAAGGCGAUCGAUUCGCGAAUCCCCGCGCUCAUUCGGAAUGGCGUGCAGGAAAAGAAACGAAGCUUCUUUGUGAUCGUCGGCGACCGCGCCAAGGAUGUCAUCGUCAAUCUCCACUAUCUCAUGUCGAGCGCCGAUGUCAAACAGAAUAAGUCCGUUCUCUGGGCGUACAAGAAGGAUCUGCUAGGCUUCACCAGUCACCGGAAGAAGCGUGAGGCGCGCAUCAAGAAGGAAGUCAAGAGAGGCAUCCGGGAGCCCAACUCGGAGGAUCCGUUCGAACUGUUCAUCACCCUCAACCAGAUCCGCUAUGUCUACUACAAGGAGACGGAGAAGAUUCUUGGUAACACCUACGGAAUGUGUAUUCUCCAGGAUUUCGAAGCCAUGACGCCCAACCUGCUUGCCCGAACGGUGGAGACCGUCGAGGGUGGAGGAAUGGUCUUGCUGCUCUUGAAGAGCAUGAACAGCUUGAAGCAGCUCUACACCCUGUCGAUGGACAUCCACUCGAGAUACCGCACGGAAGCCCACGAUGAUGUCGUUGCCCGGUUCAACGAACGCUUUAUCCUGUCCCUAGGCAGCUGCGAGUCGUGUCUGGUCCUCGAUGACGAGAUGAACGUCUUGCCCAUCUCCGGAGGCAAAAACGUGAAGCCGCUUCCGCCCCCGGAGUCGGUAGAUACGACCAGCACGCCUGCCCAGAAGGAACUCAAGGCAAUCAAGGAGAGUCUGGCAGAAACGCAGCCGAUCGGAUCGCUGGUCAACCUGGCCCGGACCGUCGACCAGGCGAAAGCACUGUUGACUUUCGUUGACUCCAUCACGGAAAAGACGCUUCGCAACACGGUGGCGCUGACCGCCGCGAGAGGUCGUGGUAAGUCCGCGGCUCUUGGUGUGGCCAUUGCGGCCGCCGUCGCGCAUGGGUACAGCAACAUCUUCAUCACCUCCCCGAGCCCGGAGAACUUGAAGACUCUUUUCGAGUUCAUCUUCAAAGGAUUCGACGCGCUUGGGUAUCUCGACCACGUCGAUUACACCAUCCUGCAGUCGACCAACCCCGACUUCAACAAGGCAGUCGUGAGGGUCAACAUCCACCGCCAACACCGCCAGACUAUCCAGUAUAUCCAGCCCCAGGACGCCCACGUUUUGGGCCAGGCAGAACUGCUCGUCAUUGAUGAAGCCGCUGCGAUCCCGCUUCCCCUGGUCCGCAAGCUCAUGGGACCCUAUCUGGUCUUCAUGGCGUCUACCAUCAACGGUUACGAAGGAACGGGCCGGUCUCUCUCCCUGAAACUGAUUCAACAGCUCCGAGAGCAGUCAAGGGGUGGCCUCAAGACCAAUGGCCAGGAGGACAUCGAUGUCGCCGAUCGCGCCACGGGCAAGGCUGCGAAGAACUCGGAGAAAAGCUUGGGUGGUCGGUCUCUGAAGGAGAUCACUCUGUCCGAGCCUAUUCGAUAUGCCCCGGGAGACCAUGUGGAGAAAUGGCUGAACAGAGUCUUGUGUCUCGACGCAACGCUGCCCAAGUCCAAGAUCAACACCCAGGGCUGCCCGCACCCCUCGAAGUGUCAACUCCUGCAGGUCAACCGAGACACCCUGUUCUCCUUCCAUCCCGUCUCCGAGAAGUUCCUCCAGCAAAUGAUGGCCCUGUAUGUCGCGAGUCACUACAAGAACACCCCCAACGAUCUGCAGUUGAUGAGCGACGCUCCGGCGCAUCAGCUCUUCGUUCUCGUGCCGCCCAUCGACGAAGCCGCAACCAAACUCCCCGAACCCCUCUGUGUCGUCCAAGUGGCGCUGGAAGGUCGCAUUAGCAGACAGAGUGUGCUCAACGCCCUGAGCCGCGGCCAGCGAGCCGGCGGCGAUCUCAUCCCUUGGCUGGUGAGCCAGCAGUACCAGGACGAGGACUUCGCAGGCCUGUCGGGCGCCAGAAUCGUCCGCAUCGCCACGAACCCCGAGUACAUGAACAUGGGCUAUGGAUCGCGCGCUUUGGAGCUGCUGAUCGAUUUCUACGAAGGCAAAUUCACCAGUCUGUCGGAAGAUGCCGAGCAGGCUCAGGAGCACAUGGUCCGGGUCACCGACGCAGAGCUUACCAACUCCAGCCUCCUGGACGACAACGUUCAUGUCCGCGACAUCCGCUCUAUGCCCCCUCUCUUCGGCAAACUGUCCGAGCGCCGCCCCGACGCCCUGGACUACGUCGGCGUCAGCUACGGACUGACCCCCUCCCUGCACAAGUUCUGGAAGCGCUCCGCCUUCGCCCCCGUCUACCUCCGCCAGACGCCCAACGAGCUCACCGGCGAGCACUCCUGCGUAAUGCUGCGCACCCUCUCCCCGGGGUCCAACGACCCCGCCUGGCUGGGCGCCUUCGCGCGCGACUUCCACAAGCGCUUCCUCGCCCUCCUCUCCUACCAAUUCCGCGAAUUCCCCUCCGUGCUUUCCCUCAGCAUCUGCGAAUCCGCCAACGCCGGCGCCAAGCUGGACGCCGCCACGACGACCGCCCUCCUCAGAAAGGCCGACCUUGACGCCGCCUUCUCCCCCUUCGACCUCAAGCGCCUCGACAGCUACGCCAACAACCUCCUCGACUACCACGUCAUCCUCGACAUGGUCCCCACCAUCGCAGAGUACUACUUCGCUGGCCGCCUCAACGGCCGAGUCAGCCUCUCGGGCGUGCAGCAGUCCAUCCUGCUCGCCAUCGGCUCGCAGCGCAAGAAUCUCGAAUCCCUCCAGUCAGAGCUGAGCCUGCCCUCGUCGCAGCUUCUCGCCAUGUUCCUCAAGAUCGUCCGCAAGAUGUCCUCGCACUUCCGCAACCUCGUCGAGGGCGCCGUCGCCGAUACUCUCCCCGCGGAGAAAAUCCCCGUCAGCAACGCCGCGAACGACGCCCACGACGAGUCCAUCGACGAGCGCUUCAAGCCCCUCGCUCAGAACCUGGACGACGAGCUCCGCGAGGGCGGAAAGCAGGUGAACGACGAGAUGCGCGAGAAGCAGCGCGCUCUGAUCGACUCUUUGCCGCUUGAGCAAUACGCAAUCAAUAACGGCGACGCCAGCUGGGAAGAAGCCGAGAAGCAAGUCCGCGGCGGAGGCGCCUCCACCGUCAGCAUCAAGUCGUCCAAGCAGAGUAAGCGCAAGAAGGGCGAAUCCGCCCGCGAGCUCUUCGACACGGAGGUCGACUCCAAGAGACAGAAGAUUAUCAAGAAGGGGACGGAGGGGAAGAAGAAGAGCAAGCAUUGAUUAGAGGUAUUCUUUGUUUUUUGUCUUGCAAAGCUGUUGGUUUGGUUUCAAUAACCCAACUAGCCCUAUGGAAUGCAAUAUGGCGUCGUGUGGUUUCCUUUUUCCUUCCUUGUUGUGUAUGUGUGUAUGUGCAUUUUUACGAUAAUUGGCGUUUUUUCAUUUGGCUGUUUUAUAUAUCCAUUAGAUAUUUACUGUGUUGCAGUGAUAUUGAAGAGAG